UUUCUUAACACGUUCACUGCGGAACAGGCCCAAAUCAGCCUGCCGCGGAAUUUCACCUGGUGCGGACGAAGAAAACUAUGUCCCUCUCGCUGGUGCGGAACGAUUAUCUCAGGUGUUUGUAAAGGUACGACAAAGACAAAUAUAUAUUUGAGAUUGUGGUCAAAAGUAUAGGUGUUCCCUAUAAAAACAUCACGGCAGGCCUUUAUCGGCCUAUCACGCACUGACGGUAAAAAAUAUCAACUCGGUGCGGGAGGAGGCCUAUUGUGGCCCGCCGUCCCAACAGGCUGUUGGCGGCCCGAUACCGCACAGAGCGCCCGCCUCGCCAGUUAGUGUUGGGCAAGCUAUCGGAACUGACGUACGUCACGUUUUUUUUAUUCCUUAAAAUUAAAGGCACGAUGUCAGGCAACAAAAGAAAGAUAAAUAGAUAAAAAGAUAAAAAAGGUGUUGACUUCAGCGACCAAAUGUCUGCAUAUUAUUCUACAUUAAAAAGAGGGCUCAAAUGGUUCAGAAAAGUGGGUAUGGAAUAUUUGUUUGGCAUGGCGUUGGUAAACGCUUGGAUUAUAUACAACAUGAAAAAUGAGAAGAAGGUUUCAAAGAAAGAAUUUACAGAAGCAUUAAUACAAUCAAUUACUGGAAAAAAUAUAUGCCCUGAUAGAAAUCAAGUAACACCUACGGCCGAUCAUAUCCUUGAGAUGAGCGGUAAACGGCGAAAUUGUGUAGGGUGCUAUGAAAAACUGCGGGAAACCAUGAAGAGUUCCGAGGUGAAAAGGAAAGUAAAAAAAAUUAAAACAUACUGCAGAAUGUGCAAGCAAAAUCUUUGUGCGAAAUGUUUUAAAGACAGCCAUUAAUAAAUAAUUAAAUAAACAAUUUUUAUUUCUUUACUUUAA